AUGACCAUCAAAUCGUUCUUCCUACUUGGAGAGGACCCAUCUACUGCACAAGAGAUAGAAGUGGAUUUCACUCAUGAUAUUGACACGCUCAAAGAAGAUGUCGGACAGUACUUUGGUGUUGCGGUUCCCGCCGGCAUUGCGUUUCAGUCUGGGGAGACACAAUUAGAAGAUCUUGCCGACGUCGAAGAAGCAAAGUCGCCUAUUGCUCUCUCCAUAGACGGCCACCCGGUGAGAGAGGCACCUGGACCCAAGGGCCUGCCCAUCGCCGGUUCCUACUUCGAAGUCUAUCCUGACCACCUCGGAAACCACCAGAGAUUGUUCGAACAGCAUGGCCCUGUCUUCCAAACUACCGACAUGGGCCGCAAGACGUACUACACAAACUCGCCAGAAAUCGCAACCAUCUGCUUCAAUGAAGGAGACUACUGGGCAAAGAUCAUUAACAAGGAUCAUCCUCUGUACCAGAUCAAAGAGCCCAUGGCCGGUGUUUUCCUCUCUGACUCCAACACAGAAGCAUGGACUAUGGUGCACAAGUUCCUGGCUCCUGCGCUUAGCCCGAAGGCCGUAAAACACUACACUCCUCAGAUGCAAGAGACUGCAGAGAAAUCCUUCAAGGUGUUUGACGAGCUCGACGAGAAGGAAGAAGCAUGGAACGUGUAUCAAUACAUGUUCAAGAUGGGGUCAACUGCUAUCGGCAAGCUGGCACUAGGAAUCGAUCUCCACCACUUUGAUAGCGUAGAUGCACCUCUUCACGAGUUAGUCGUCAAAGUUGGCGUCAACCUGGAGCUAAACAAGAAGAUCUCGACCCGUGGAGACUGGUAUAGUCACUUGCCCUUUGGUGAGCCAAAGCAGCUCAAGGACACCAAAACCAGACUUGGACAGCUCAUCGGUGAAGCUAUGGCGAACGCGAAGAAGGAAGACGCAGAAGACCUCCCUAUCGCCGAAGCAGCUCUAAAGGCCGACUGUAUCGCAGAUUAUCUGACUCGUGCGGUCGACCCAGAUGGUAACAAAUUACCGGAGAAGUACGCAAUGCCAGCCACUCUAGUCGCUGUUGGUGCUGGUUUCGUGACCACCGCUUCUUUGCUUUCUUGGCUUAUCUUUGGUCUGGUCCAAUAUCCCGGCAAUCAAGAACGCCUGUUGCAGGAGCUGAUCGACUUUGGUGUUCAUGACAAAACGACAUGGACCCCAGACCUUGCGAAUGCCUUGCCGUUCUUGGACAUGUAUAUCAAGGAGACGCAAAGACUACACAACCCCAGUUAUCAACCCGGCCGCACAGCGCUGAGCGACACCAUCCUACCAGGAGGCUACAAGAUCCCAAAGGAUUCAGUAAUGAUUGUUGCCAUUCAUCACAUUCACAACAACCCUGCCGUGUGGGAUGAUCCGCAUAAAUUUAACCCUGACCGUUGGUCAUCAAAAGCUGCCAAAAACCGACCAAAGGGAUCAUACGUACCAUUCGCCGCGGGCCCAAGAAUGUGUAUAGGUUUCAACUUUGCGCUCGCUGAGGUCCGAGUCGUGCUGAGUGAGCUCAUCUAUCGCUAUGAGUUCUCGAAAGCAUCGGAGGAGGAGGUCGAGUACGAUCCUAGCUUCCAGCUGAUCAGACCGAUGAAUCUGUUUGUAAGAGCAAAGAGACGAACAACAUGGCCGGAAAAGAAAGAAGACAAGAAAGUGGAGGCUUAG